AUGGCGGCUAAAAACCCCGACUCCCUCGACGGCCAGGGGCAGUUUCAUGCCCGCAUCAACCCAUCUGAGCUUACAGCAAACAAGUGGCACAAGCCAGGCAACGAGCAAGGCAACGAUGCCGCACCAGAGUACCACGCCGAGACCUUCCCACCUGGAAGUGCACCUCCUGAGAAUACGUUCCGCCCCAAUCCUGUCAACAGCGACAUGAAUGAAGCCCUAGAAAUGCCUGCUCAAGACAUGCCAGGCUCGACAUCAAAGGACAUCCAUAACUCUAUUGAUAACCUGCACGGCAGACCAUUGAUUGGCCAAGAGAACCGUGAAAUCAGAGGAGUGCAUCCGGGAAAGAGAAAGAAGGAGCGCAGUGGCUUGGAAGGUGUUGGUGCGAGUACAGCUCACUCCGUAUUUGAUAAGGUGAGGGAUGAAGUUGCUGACAAGGCUAAUGUCGACAAGGGGCAGAGGGGAUAUUCUGGGAAACGAGAUGGCGGGUUGGCUGCUGAUGGAGCAGAGUCCAUGCCGCCCGUGAAAGCAGAUGAGCGGGCUGUUCGUCAAGGACCUCAUAAAUCUACUGUUUAA